CAGCAUCCUCUCUCUUUCCAGGGUUCCUGAGAUGGAAGGCAGAAGCAAGCCACAGUUCCUGGCCCUGAUGACACUCUUCAAUGUCCUGAUCUCCCAGGCACUGGCCUGGCCUCUUUUUGGACCACCUUCUGCCAUGAGGUUGGAUGACAGGGUGCAGUUUGAAGGAGCAGGGGACCCUGAUCAAGUCUCAUUAAAAGCAGAGACUGACAUCUUGCAGAAUGCCUUAGCAGAAAAUGACACGCCCUAUUAUGAUGUAUCCAGAAAUGCCAGGCAUGCUGAUGGAGUUUUCACCAGUGACUACAGUAGACUUCUGGGUCAGAUUUCUGCCAAAAAAUACCUGGAGUCACUCAUUGGCAAACGGAUCAGCAGUAACAUCUCAGAAGACCCCGUGCCAAUCAAACGACACUCUGAUGCAGUCUUUACAGACAACUACACCCGCCUCAGAAAGCAAAUGGCUGUAAAGAAAUACCUGAACUCCAUCCUGAAUGGAAAGAGGAGCAGCGAGGGAGACUCUCCAGACUUCCCCGAAGAGCUGGAAAAAUAAUGACGAGGCUCCUCUGAGCAGAGCCGAAGAUCAGAGAAUUCUUGAAGGAAAACAACCAAGUGGUUACAUUAUGAGUUCCACAUAUCUAAUUCAAGAAAACUUCCAUAGCCAAACCAAAUAAAAUGUGUUGUGAAUAUUGUGAUUUCCUUUAUGUAAUAACUGUGAUGUUUACAUUGUAAAUAUUAUUUGAGCACUCUAAAAUUCAUCCUUAGCUCCCGAAAGGCUUGUAAUUUCAUAUGCUAUAU